ACACAUACCCUGCGAACAACAACAUAGUUCUAGAGUAGCUCAUCCUUUGACUCUCUCAAACCGAAACCCGAAACCUCGUGCAGAGCUUGGGAGUUGGAAAUUCCGGCGCCGAAGAUCAUCAGGUUAAGUUCUCGACUGUUUUAGAUGCUGGGUAGUUUCAUUUCAGUGCACACAGAGAGAUAAGAGUAGCAAAAUAUGUCAUUUCUGAACGACGACUUAGUUGGCCAAAUAGUUAACAAGGUCACCAAAGAUGAUAGGAAAUCGUUCUCCGAGGUCUGCACGCAGUGGUUUAAAGUAGAAGGUCUUAGCCGAUCAUCACUUAGUGUUUGCCUUGAUCGCUUCGAUUUUGACCUUGGUGGUGCACUGACUAGGUUCCCAAAUAUAGUCGAUUUGGUAGUAUGGGGUUCUAGCACCACCGAUACCCAUCUUGAAUUAAUAGCCCAAAACUGUCCUAAACUUGAGAGCAUUAUCAUCUACUGUGAUGAUGAUCAAGGUACUGGUGAUGGCAUUUUGGGGGCAAAAUGUCUACUUGCUUUGGGGAAUGGGUGUCCAAAGUUGUCCCAAGUUAAGUUUGUGGGGAGUUUCGCAGUAGGGGAUUCUGGAGUUGUGGCUCUGUUACAUUCAGCUCAUCACUUGAAGGCUUUGGUUGUGUUAAGAAACAGGUUGAUCUCUGAUGAAGCCCUCAGAGCAAUUGGGUGUUCAUCUUCAAUUACCUUGUUGAAGUUGGUCUUGUGUGACAUCACAGAUGUGGGAUUGGGUUUCUUGGCAAAUGGUUCCGCAUCAAAAGCCAUCAAGGAAUUGGUCCUAGCCACAUACCAUGGAGUCACUGAUACCGGGGUUGAGCUUUUGUGCAGAAUGUGUAGCUUGGAGCGUCUGGAUUUGUCUUGCUGUGGGGAAUUAGUCACUGACAUUGGAGGUGUGGCAAUCUCUACGAUUCAAACCCUCAAGGAACUGCGAUUGGAAUCUUUGAUGAGCGUGUCAGACACUACCAUGGUUGCCCUUGCACAGAAUUGCCGCAACUUGGAAGUACUUGAAUUGCAAGAAUGUUUUCGUGUAACCGGAGCGGGCAUUCGUACAUUUUCAGGUCAUAAGGGUUUGAGACGGCUUGGAUUGCUCGGACUAAUCAAUUUUAGUCAAAGCUGGAGUUUGUUGUAUCGUGCGAUAUGCCUGGACAUGCCAUUGACAUUACCUCUUUGGUUAAAACAGGAACGCAUUAAGGUUUCCUGCGCAUCACUGAACAUUGCACCGCACAUGCAGCAAAGGGAAACAAUUGGACAAGCAAUGCAGAGGCUGGAGGAUGUCUCCUUCAAUGAAGCUGUGGCCGCCCUUGGAUCUGAAGUUAACGGCACUCUGGAGCAAAUCAGCUUGAUGAAGAAGGAAGACUUAGAAAUGUAG